CGUUAAUUGGCCGGCUGGUUUCGACGUUUUAACAACUUUCCCAUCCGCUCUUGUCCGGAGAGGCCGUCUUUCACUUUCACGACACCUAUUUCCGCUCAGCUGUGCGAUCUGGCGCGAGGCUGUUCGUCCGCGUUUGUUUUGGAAACACCUAGUCGGCUGAGCCCUGGCAACGCACACUGUUGCCAUCCCUGAUAUUUGCUCAUUCUUUCGCCACCUGCGUUCAACCUCACAUAGUGGACCUAACCCCAAGAGCGACCACGGGCUCUUCUUCAGACACACGCAGUGGACCAUAACGGUUUCAUGUUCGCCUCGCCCGCUAGUGGUCACAACGGAACCAUGGAUGCCAAUUCUGCUGACAGUGACAGCGGCACGAUAACGCCCACUGACAGAAAUCUCGGUUCACCAGCUUCUGAUGAUACUGUCAAGCCCAGAAAAGAUUCAAGGAGCCCCCUGCUGUCCUUUUCAAAGAACAAUGUUCGGACUAGCAGCUUGCCAAUUCUCGAUGUGGGCCGGCAGCGUUAUUGGGAGCAAGCAGAGUUUUCCUCCAGCCCACAACUGUCUUUCACUCGUUCGGUACCAGACUUUGAGCCUGUCUUUGAUAGAUAUUCUGCUUCUGAAUAUACGCAUGAGGCGGCUGGACCCACGCAUUCACCCUGUUCAUCGAUAUCCAGCAUCGGAGACUACAAGAGCAUCCUCAGUCAAGCUUCGAACGCAGAGAGUGAAGCAUACUACUCUUGUAAAUCUACUGUCAGUGCCGAGGACGAAAUGGGCGAUCAUAUCACCGAGUUACGUUCAUCCAAAGAUCAUCAACAGAACCCCCCUCUUCCUGGUCCGACGGCCUACAGGAGGCGUCUGGGUAGGACAUCGUCGAUGUCAUCUUUGCCAUUCAUCUCAUCUCCUCUUGGAUUGCCAGACUCUGGGAAUAGUUUUGGAUAUGGUGGAGCAGGCUUCGCAGGAGGGUCGAGCACACCGGCACUGGGGAAUGGUUUUGGGGCAGUUGGGGACAGGAGGCCAGUUCCUGGAAGUAGCAAAGAGCCUCACUCCAAGGGCCCUGUUUCUAUCCACUCAGCAAGGCGCGACAUGAACAACCUCGCAUUCGAACCCCCCUCACCGCUUAAUGCCCAUAUCGUCCAACCCCACACCAACCAGGCCCGCCAACCUACCGACCCGUUCAUCGACACUGUUACACCUGACGUCAGCCUUUCCGCUCCAUCCUACAGCGCGCGUCGUGCUCUCGCGGCCCAUCAGCUCGGCCCGUCCCUAACACCACCUUUUCAAUCUUUCCAACUAACCCACACCACCAACGCCCGUCCCACGCUUCCCAUUCCCCCACCCCCGCUACCAUGCAUCUCCUCCAAGCUGACCCACACGCCCGCCGCGCGCGCCAAACUCGAGUCCCAGAAAACCGCGCGCGAAGCCUGGAUCAAGCAAACAGCUGCUGAAAUCGCAGAUCUGGCAGGCGCGAAAGAAUGUGCGGAGAGGAGAUGGCGACUGACGAGGAGCGAGGGUGAUAGGAAGGCAUGGAUUGAGGCGAUGGAGAGGUUUAACCGGGGUACAUGUUUGGAGACGAGACAGGAGGAGAGGAGGAAUUUGUUUCUUGGAGAGAAGGGGAUGACUGCGCUGAGGACGGGGGAGGGGAAUGUAGUGGGGGAUGGGUUUGCUGGGGCUGGUAUGGUUGGUAGUGGUACUUAUGAUGGUGGUAAUCAGGGCGGCGGAGUAGCGAAUGGUGAAAGGAGGUUGUUGGGAUACCGGAUGGCGGUUAUGGAAAGGGUUAGUGCGGAGGUGAAGAAGACUGAGGGUGAGGAGAGGGAUGCUAGGGAGCAAAUAACGAGGAUGACGGAUCAGGAGAAAGGGGUUAUGAGGCGCCAAACUAUCUCGCGUAUUGAGGCCACGACCGGUAGACUUUGGGGUCAGAAGCCUACCUAG